UUGAAGAAAAAAAAAUAACACGGAACACGAAUAGUCACAAUAAACAUACACAAAUUGUACGGCAAAGUAACUUUUCAAUUAAAUUCAUUGUUACCAUGGCGAUGGAAACUAUUUUGGGGAUCAAGGGACCAGACUUUGUGAUGCUGGCCUCGGACACAAUGCAGGCCAAGUCACUGGUCUUCAUGAAGGAUGAUCAGUCAAAGAUACACCGACUCUCGGACUUCAAUAUGAUGGCCAUGGUGGGAGACGGAGGCGAUUCGAUUCAGUUCACGGACUUCAUCUCAAAGAACAUGCACCUGUACAAGAUUGCCCAUGGAUACCACCUGAGUGCCAAGGCGUCGGCCCACUUCACCCGGAAGACACUGGCGGAUUACAUAAGGACCAAUACGAGGUACCAGGUGGCCAUGCUGUUGGCGGGAUAUGAUGCCGUCGAGGGUCCUGACCUCCACUACAUUGACACCUACGGCGCAGCUCAGUCCAUCAAUCAUGCCGGACAUGGAUGGGGAAGCAUGUUCUGCGGCAGCAUUCUGCAGCGGUUCUGGCACUCGAAGAUCAGCCAAACGGAUGCCUACUCCCUGAUGCGGAAGUGCGUCCUGGAGAUCCAGAGGCGUCUGAUCAUCAACCAGCGAAACUUUCGAGGUGUUCGUGGUGGACAGCAAGGGAAUGCGCAAGAUGGAGGCCAUCAAUCCGGGAUCUCUCAGCAGGGAGUCGAUUAGCCUGACUUGGUAGAGCGGUAGUCCAACAUCCUCUAAUGCCUAAUAAUUGUGCCGUUGAUUUUUCGGCAAACUUUCA